AUGAGCCAGCUCGAGUCUGAUAAUGGCAAUGACACCUGCAACCAUACUAUAGUCCACGAUGAUGAUUUGGAUGUAGAAACUGAGCCUUCUGGCAAGGGCAUCACAGUCUCCAUGGCAUUUACCCCACUUCUACCACCUCCAGCAACUGGAGAAAAAUACCGCAAAAAUGCUAAAUCACAGCCCAUAAACUGUGCCUUGUUCAUCCAUGAAGAUUUGACCCUCCAAAACCUUCUUGAUACAACAUUUGAACAAUAUGAUAUCUCCGACAAAAUGAUGUAUGGUAUUGGCAAUAGAUCAGGUAUUCUUGCUCCUAUGAACUUCACCAUCACCUAUAUGAUCCUUCGCACAAACUACAAGAAUAUUGUUCUUGGAAACCUUAGUGAUUUCACCACAAUCAUGGAAGAAGUCAAAGAGCACCGGUCACCAGCCUUCAAAUUAACUAUUGUCAAGACAAAGUAUGAUGAUGGCAAAGAAGCCAAAGAGGACGAGGAUGCUGAAGCUCUACCAGAGGCCAAGCAUGUCAACCUGACACCAUUACAUCUCAACACAUGGGCUGCUGCGAUGGCCUGCAUGAUGUUCCAAAUUACACAGACUCAAUCCUCUGCACCAAGUAUUAUCAUCAACAACAACUUCAAGGAUAUCAUCAGCCUCCUGAACGGCGACCAUGGACCUGAUCCUGCUAUGAAGAAUGCCCCACAGCCUGUUCUCCGUCAACAACCUGCUCUUCAACCAAAAUUGAGUUUACUUGAUUUUUGCAACCGCUUCAAGCUUUCACAAUAG